AUCAUUCAAAACCAACGAGGUUGAAACAUUUAGCCGACAUCCUCGUUACACCAAGCCGAGUGUGUGCCCUAUUUCCAGUUCCAGCUCCCAACCACAGACCCUCAACAUGGCCCCGGUCGCUAUCAAACGCAUCUUAAUCAGCGAAAGUGUGGACGCGUGUUGUAAGAAGAUUCUGCAAGAAAAUGGAAUAGAAGUGACGGAAAAGCAGAAUAUGACGAAGGAUGAGUUGAUUGGCGAUAUUGAAAACUACGAUGGCCUGGUUGUGCGCUCUGCCACAAAAGUAACAGCCGAGGUCAUCAAUGCCGGGUGCAAUCUGAAGAUCAUCGGCCGAGCAGGGACAGGGGUGGACAACGUGGACGUGCCUGCUGCUACUAAAAACGGCGUCAUUGUCAUGAACACCCCAAGCGGUAAUACAAUCAGCGCAGCUGAACUGACAUGUGCCCUCAUCAUGAGUCUUUCGAGGCAUGUACCUCAAGCGGAUAUGUCAAUGAAGGCUGGGAAAUGGGAUCGCAAGAAGUUCAUGGGCGCCGAGCUGUAUGGAAAGGUACUGGGCAUCGUGGGGCUCGGUCGCAUCGGGAAAGAAGUGGCCACCAGGAUGCAGUCAUUUGGCAUGAGGACGAUUGGCUACGACCCCAUCACUCCAGUGGAAGUCUCCGCCUCCUGGGGGGUGGAGCAGAUGUCAUUGGAGCAGCUGUGGCCCCAGUGUGAUUACAUCACCGUGCACACUCCCCUCAUGCCCUCCACCACAGGCCUCCUAAACGAUAAGUCCUUUGCCCAGUGCAAGAAGGGUGUGAAGGUGGUGAACUGUGCUCGAGGGGGCAUCAUCGACGAGGCAGCCCUGCUCCGAGCUCUCGAGUCAGGCCAGUGUGGCGGAGCAGGACUGGAUGUGUUCGUGGAGGAGCCUCCAAAGGAGCGUUCUCUGGUGAACCACCCUAACGUGAUCAGCUGCCCCCAUCUGGGCGCCAGUACGCGGGAGGCUCAGGCGCGCUGUGGCCAGGACAUCGCGCUGCAGAUCGUCGACAUGGUCAAGGGCACCGCGCUCGUCGGAGCUGUGAAUGCCCAGGUGUUGGCCAGCACGUUCUCCCCAGAGUCUCAGCAGUGGAUCCGACUGGGGGAGGCCAUGGGGGCUGUACUCAGGGCCUGCACCUCCUCCAAACAACCAUACAGUCAAGUGCAAGUCAACACCACAGGGGCGUGUCUGAAGAAGUCUACCGGAUUCCUGGGCUCCGCGGUGGUGGUUGGGUUGCUGUCCAGCGGCUCUGGAAAUGGCCCCAACCUGGUCAACGCACUCACCCUGGCCAAGGAGACCGGCCUGGAGGUGGUUAUGAAGCAUGAGGAGGGCGGUGCAGGAGACUCUGCUGCGUGUGUGUGUGUGGAGGUGUGUGUUAACGGCGCCACCAGCAGGGCGCGGGGGUCUGUGCAGGCCCAGGUGCCCGUGCUGGAGCAGCUGGAGGGCAGUGUGUUCCGGCAGCCCGUGGCCCUCGCAGGACACCUGCUCUUCUUCAAGGCCAACGCCUCGCCACAGCUACUGCCCGCCGUCACAGGUGCUCUUGCAUCAGCGGGGGUGGAGAUGGAGUCCUUUAGCGCCCCUGCUGUGCGUGGUGGCGACCAGUGGUACUGCGUGGGGAUGUCCUCCCCUAUGGGAGAUGUGGGCUCCCUCAAGUCUGUGGUGAAGGAAGCAGCUCAGAUCACUGUCUGAGAAGAGAAGAGAGGAGAAGAGAAGAGGAGAAGAGACGAGAAGAGAGUCGCUCCCAGGAGAGCAGCUGUAGCAUUCCACAAUCUAAUACUCUAACUUAACUCACAAUAACGCUGAGAAGAAGUUGAAAGUACAGUAUGUCACGUCUUUGAGCUUACCUCCGCUGUGCUAGCAUUUCACUGAAAAGGAGAGGCGUUAUCUAUUAUGAAGUGCCUAGUAACUAAACUGUUUUGUUUGGAGUUUGUUUACAAAGUGCACUUACAGUACUGUGACAGUUUACGGUGUGAUUGAACUCCUGUUUAAUUCCCAUUCAUGAUGUUCUCAAGAGUUUUCUGCGUUUUGUAACAAUAACGGUAUUAAUAAAAAUCUUAGUGAAGGGCA